AUGGCAGGAUUUCCACAACCAUUUUUUGAUUGGGAUGAUAAAGUAGCUAUAGGAUAUUUAAGAGGGUGUAUGAGAGGAAGAACUUUAGAAUGGUUCGAUGACGAGAUCACUACAAAGGCAAAUUGGAAAUUAACUAAUCUAACAGAUGAUACUGGACAAGCUAAUUUAGUAGCUAUAAACGGACGUACAGCCAUCCAGAUAGGUGCUGAUGGAUUAAAUGAGGCUCUUGGACAACCUGGAACUGCAAUAGUCAAGUUAAGAGCUGUAGAAGGACCUUGGGAUGAAGAUUGGCGUGUGGCAAGAGGUCGCCCUACUAAUGCUGUUGUUAAUCUACCAAAUGCUGGUAAUGGUACUACAGUAGUUGUACCUGGUAUUCGAUUUGGUCAAGCCAUAUGGUGGCUAAAAACUCAUUUUCCUACAAUAGAAGAGGAGCUUCGGGAUUUGCAAUAUGGAACAAUUAGGAAAGGGAGCAUGACUAUAGAUGAAUUAUAUAGAAAAUUGUUACGAAUAGGUAGACGAGCCAACUAUAGGCCUGAAGAAUUACGUAGAAAGUUUAUAGAUGCUCUUCCACUUCCAUGGCUUGAAAAAACUGAAGAUAUUGCUAGAAAUAAAAGAGAUAGAAUACCGGACCCAUUAGUUUCUCAGCAAAUAUAUGACUCUUUACCUGUUUCAACUCAGCAACAGCAAGGAAUUUCUUUAGAAGAUAUGCAAAAAGUAUUUCAGAAUGCAGUAGUACAACAAAAAACAGAAUUUCAAUCUGUAUUAGAAAAACAUGAUGCUGAACAUAAAGCCGAAAUAGAAUCUAUAUUACAACAAAAAUCGAAAAAAAUACCACCACCUAUACCACCAAAAAAUAUAGAUGAAAUUGAUAAUGCUAUAUUAUUAAAAGAAUUAUAUGGUAUGGGAUAUAGAGAUGGCCCAUUAGUAGAUUUUAUGGAAACAUAUAAAAAGCAUAGUGAUGAUAUAAAAAGAACACAUAAUGAUAGAAUAGGAAGAGUGGAAAAAGGACUGAAUGAAACUCGUGGAUCUUAUACGGAUGUGCCAGUUAUCUUGAAGGAUAAAGAAAAUAAGACUGUUACAGUUAUUGGAAAUUUUGUUCGUAUUGAUAAUGGAGAAUCCAAACCAAUACUAUUUUUAGGCAUGUCAAAUAUUCGAAAAGUUCAAGGUAUUCUUAAUCCAAAUAAUAACCAAUUUCGUAUAAAUAUUCAUGGUAAGUCUUAUAUAAUUCCAACAUUCAGCAAGGCCCCAGUAGCGAAGGAUCCAUCAAAAGAGACAGAGAUCACAGAAACAUUAGAUUCCGAUGAAUUGGAAACUCGAGAUUCUAACUCUUCAUCUAGUGAAGAAUUAAAAAAAAAAUUAUGUAAAUCAUGA